AUGUCAGGCAUUGGCGCUGACGUCGUGCCGGUUCUCUCUUCUGCAGGGGCGGAAACCCACAGCGAGAAGGUUCAAGAAGAGGCGUCGACGAACACGGAAGACAACCAUAGGACGCCUCUGGCGCCAGAAGAAAAAAUAGAGACUGCGUGCGUUUCUAUUCCAUCCCAUUCUACAGUUGGGGGAGAAAAAAUGUGUGAUAAACCAACUACUGCUCUCGGAGAGGCUAAAAAUGAUGAACCCACUGCUGUUAAUGAACCAAACACAGCUGAUAUACCAAUUACUGUUGUGGGAGAAGCUAAAAAUGAUGAAUCAAGUAAUCCAGGAGCUAAGGUUGAAGAGAGUAGUAUAAAUAAAGCAAAGGGUUCGGAGUUGCCAUCAGAGAUUGGCAGUGGUGAAAAGCUUCAGUCAGAUUUACAUAGCAAUCCUUUGCAAGAGGGAUCAUCAAUAGCGUUAAAGCCGCAUGGGGAAGUUAAGGAAAAUACUGAGAAGGUGAAAGAAUCAGAAUUUGCAGAGGAUCAUUCUCAAGGCCCAACUCUUCAAGAUUCUUCAUUCUCACAAUCUGUGAAGGAUUCAUCUAAUACAGUUGAAGGUAAAAGUUCAACUGACGCAUCAAAUCUCCGUGAUGUGGAUCAGCAACUACAAGGAUUGGGUAAAAUGGGAUAUGGGAGUGUUUUAACUCGAUAUCUUACUAUGGGUUCUGUUGUGGAUUCGCAUUCUCUCGGGAAUAGUACAACUUCUGUUUUAUUGGAUGACAAACACCAACAUGUAGAUCCUCAUUUACGUGAUUCAUUACUUCAAGCUGCUAAACAUAUGUAUUCCAGACAACGUUAUCCGAAUAAACAAAUAUUUCGUCGUAAACUUGUUUUACUGGGUCAUCAGGAAGUGGGGAAGACAUCCCUUCGUAAGUGUUUUGAAUCUGAGCCAUAUUUCUUUAAAAGACUUCCAGAUGUAAAGACGACAACUGGAGUGGAAGUACGCAUUCAAAGUGUUCGUGUUGGUAAUGAUCACGUUCAACUUGUCUUUUCUGAUUUUGCUGGUCAAGAAGCGUAUCAUUCAAACUCACUAUUUCUUACUGAUCGAUCUAUUUUUCUCUUAGUGUGGAAGAUAUCAGCAGUGGAACAGGAUUUCCAGAGUUCAGGUAUCAGUGCCAGUGAAGAACAACGGUUGUAUAAGUGGAUUGCAGAAGUAUACGCCAAAUAUCCACGAGCAAAAGUAGCUCUUGUGGCUACACAUCUUGAUGAACUUCGAGUUCAAGGACAACGUAGUGUAGAGAGAAUACUCUCAAAAGUAGAGGAUAAAAUUAUGGGAUUUAUGCGACGUAUUGCAGUUGUAGAUCCCAAUACUGGUUUACCAAUUACUAACGAAAUUAUAGGCAAUUUUGCUGUGUCGUGUAAAGGUCGUUACCUCAUUGCGGCUGGAGGAUUACGACAUUUAUCUGGAGGAAAAAUAAGUGCUUUACUUCAUUUCUUUGCUGAGGUAGCCCACAAAGAGUGUGUAGAGGAUAUUGAUUUUCCUUCAGCUGGUAUACCUGGGAGACACAUUCGAUUAAUAGAUGAAGUAACUGAAAAGAAAAAACGAUUUCCACAAAAAAUACUAAUGCCAUUAGGAGAAUUCGUACAUUCUGCAGUUCAAUUUGGUGUAGAAUCCGAUACAGAACUUCUUCAAAUUGCUCGUCUAAUGCAAAGUUGGAAUAUGAUUUAUCUUUUUAAUUCAUACCGUUUAUCAGAGAAUACAUUUAUAAUAUUGCAUCCUUUAUGGUUAAGUCGUCUUGCUGCGGCGUUAUUUUCAUACGCUCACGUACUUCAUACACCACUACACCUUCGCAGUAUUAUAGGAGGUCUUGAAUAUACUGUAAGUCAAGCAGAAGCUGCAGAUAUGCAUCUCAUGAGUAAAGGUUUCCUUCGAUGGCCAUUGGUUCGUAUUCUUUUUCGUCUUCCUUUACAAGAUGCCUUGGGUCGAGAACCGGAUGAUUCAGAUUUUAAAAUGGCUAUGCAACUUCUCACUGCUCUCAAUUUACUUUAUCCUGUGGAUGUACCAUGUGAUGAAUUAGCUAUACUGCAAGAGGAAACACCUAUAGAUCCUGAACAAGGACAUCCUAUUCUUAAUGAACAUAAAGUUAUACGUUACUUUGUACCAAGUCUCUCUCCUUAUGAUGCUCCAAAUAGUCUAAAAAAACUUUCUCCAAUUCUUUUUAAUCGUGGAGCGAAAGUAAUGUUUGAGUUUAAUCUUCUCCCAAAUGAAAUGUGGUGGCGUUUGCAAGCACAACUUCACCAAUAUCUUCAAGUUAUUGUUCUUCAUGAACCACAUAGUGUUUUAGCAGAGGAAAAGGAUGAAAACGUAUUAGAUGACUACCGUCUUUUUGAAGCCGAUGAUGAACAUAAUCGUUGGAAUGAUGCCAUGUGGCUCCGUGGUGAUAACUGCCGCGUUUUCUUAUAUCGUGAAGGCCUUCACGCGAUCCGCAUCUUCUCCACUGAAACCGAAUCACGAGGAGCUGAGGAAGUACUGGAAGUGAUUGAGCGACUCAUGACAGAUCUCCUGGAGGAAUAUCAAGGAGUACAGCGGACGGUGCGAGUGGCGUGUCCGGUGCCAAGUUGUGAUGGUUGGUUGGCGGCCAGUGAUGUCGCCGCAGGGACUACAGUGACUUGUCCAUCUUGUAAAGAAGUUAUUGAGAGUAAAGAUAUUCUCGCAUCCGGCCUUGGGUCGCGUGGUUCACGUCAAUUUAGUGACUCUCUCUUAAAGGAAGCGGGUGAAUUGCUUUACUUGUCGCUAAAUCGUCGUGGGUGUUUGCAAGUGUGUGAGUACCUUGGAAUUCCCUGCCGAGUCCCUGAUAAGAUGGAAGUAUCAAAUACAGAUAAUGAGAUGAAUACACCAAUGGAUCAACAUUUGGAUUACGCCUACGCUUUGGAUAAAGUCGUGCGUGUGGCGUUACUGCGUCAUUUACGUGAACGUGUGGAAGAAGAGGCACGAAGACGGCGGAUGUUAGAGCACGCACCAGCUGCAUUCCACCUAUCGUACUAA